ACAGACAAUACGGCAUCAAGGAGACAUUGGCUGCUCGAUGGACCACUGCCCCGCCGAUUGGACCUGUGUUUGAAGGAGAUGAAUUAGCACAAGUACUGGGAUAUUUAUUCAUAUUUUGCUUUUGGGGGCUCAGCUUGUGAAUUUUCUGGGAUCACCAACAACUGAAGACCCAGCCCCCCUCCCCUCUCCACUGGAACCGUUAUAACCUCCUCAUCCACUGGAAACAUAAGCUGAAAGAAUGGAGAAGUCCAGCCGUAGGCAGCAGUUGGUGUCCGGCCUUGUGUUGGGGCUGUGCUUCUCCUGCUGUCUGGCCCUGACGACGCCGCCAAGCGCAACCACUCGGCCAUCCGCGCGGGCGCCCUCGCCAACGCCGACCGCAACGCCCACCCCGUCCCCGUCCCCCCAGUCCCCGACCGCGCGGCUAAAGGUCAGACUGUCCGGAUACCCCCGAAAACACAACGAGGGUCGGGUCGAACUUUUCCACAAGGGGGAGUGGGGAACCAUCUGUGACGACGACUUCUCAUUACAUAACGCCAACGUGCUCUGUCGCCAACUGGGCUUCGUCUCGGCCACGGGAUGGACCCACAGCGCCAAAUACGGCAAGGGCCAAGGGAAAAUCUGGCUGGACAACGUGCAGUGCAACGGGGGCGAGAAGAGCAUCGAACUCUGCAAGUCUCGCGGCUGGGGCAACAGCGACUGCACUCACGACGAGGACGCCGGGGCGGUGUGCAAAGACGAGAGGAUCCCCGGCUUUGUGGAUUCCAACGUUAUUGACGUUCAAGUCGAAGAGAACAGGAUCGAGGAGGUGCGUCUCCGGCCCGUGGUCGCCAUGUCCAGAAAGAAGCCGCCCGUCACGGAGGGCGUGGUGGAGGUGAGACGCAGAGACGGCUGGGCGCAGAUCUGCAACCUGGGGUGGACGAUCAAAAACACACACGUGGUCUGCGGCAUGCUGGGAUUCCCACACGAGAGGAAAGUCAACAAGAAGUUCUACAAGUUGUAUCUGGAGCGUCAGAAGAACCACUUCCACGUUCACUCGGUGGCGUGCGCGGGCACGGAGGUCCACCUGGCGGCGUGUCCUCUGGAGUUCAGCAAGGCCAACGCCACGUCCACCUGCGAGGGCGGCACGGCGGCCGUCGUCAGCUGCAUGCCGGGGCCGCUGUUCAUGCAGAGGAAAGCCAUGAAAAAGAAAGCUAAAACUUCGAGCAACGUGAGGCUGAAGGGAGGUGCCAGGGUGGGCGAAGGUCGGGUGGAGGUGCUGAAGAACAACGAGUGGGGAACCGUGUGUGACGACCGCUGGGACCUGCAGUCGGCCAGCGUCGUCUGCAGGGAGCUCGGCUUCGGCAGCGCCAAGGAGGCGCUCACCGGAGGCCGCAUGGGACAAGGAAUGGGUCCGAUCUACAUGAACGAGGUGAAGUGCUUGGGCCGGGAGAGGUCCAUCUGGAACUGCCCCUUUAAAAACAUCACAGCGGAGGACUGUGAGCACGUGGAGGACGCCGCGGUCCGCUGCAACGUGCCCCGCAUGGGCCUGGAGGACUCGAUCCGACUAACGGGAGGGCGGACCCGUUACGAGGGCCGCGUGGAGGUGCUGCGCCCGGACGCUAACGGGACGCAGAGCUGGGGUCUGAUCUGUGGAGAGACCUGGACCACCAAGGAGGCCAUGGUGGUCUGCAGGCAGCUGGGCCUGGGCUACGCUAACCAGGGCGUGCAAAUCCGGAUAGUGGGAGGCCGGACCACUUAUGAGGGCCGGGUGGAGGUUCAGGUUGGCUCCAAGUGGGGCACAGUGUGCAGCACAGGCUGGACCACAAAGGAAGCCAUGGUGGUUUGCAGGCAGCUAGGGCUCGGCUACUCCAUGCAUGCCAUCACUGAGACGUGGUACUGGGACAGCAGCAACGUGACGGAGAUGAUGAUGAGCGGCGUGAAGUGCACGGGGAGCGAGAUGUCUCUGGCUCAGUGCCAGCAUCACAAAACGCUCAGCUGCCAGAAAGCGGCGGCAAAGUUCGCGGCGGGAGUCAUCUGUUCUGACACGACCUCUGACCUGGUCCUGGACGCCCCUCUGGUCCAGCAGACGGUUUACAUCGAGGAUCGACCUCUGCACAUGCUCUACUGCGCGGCCGAGGAGGACUGCCUGUCCAAGUCCGCAGCCAAGGCCGACUGGCCCUACGGACACCGACGCCUGCUGCGCUUCUCCUCCCAGAUCCACAACAUCGGCCGGGCGGACUUCAAGCCCAAAGCCGGGCGCCACUCGUGGAUCUGGCACGCCUGCCAUGGCCACUACCACAGCAUGGAUAUCUUCACCCACUAUGACCUGCUGAGCGCCAACGGGACCCGAGUGGCCGAGGGCCACAAGGCCAGCUUCUGUCUGGAAGACUCGGAUUGCCAGGACGAUGUUUCCAAGCGCUACGCGUGCGCCAACUUUGGCGAUCAGGGCAUCACUGUGGGCUGCUGGGAUUUGUACCGCCACGACAUCGACUGCCAGUGGAUCGACAUCACGGACGUCAAACCUGGAAACUACAUUCUGCAGAUUGUUAUCAAUCCAAAUCAGGAAGUGUCUGAAAGCGACUUCAGCAACAACGCCAUGAAAUGCAACUGUAAAUAUGACGGACAUCGAAUCUGGCUCCAUAACUGCCACAUUGGUGAUGCGUUCAGCGAGGAGGCCGAGAGGAGGUUUGAGAAGUACCCCGGGCAGCUGAAUAACCAGAUUCCUUAAAAAACACACUUCACCAGCUCAAAAAGCAGAACACACACACCUUUUUGUUUUCAGGUGCCAAAAUGCCCCCCCCCCCCCCACACACACACACACACACACACAGUAUCUGGAGUCAUGGAAGGAGCCAACAGUGUUUUCCUGAAUGUGUUUCAUGCAAUACUUGAAUAUUCAAGUGCUAAUGUUUCUCUUUUGUCAGUCUAAUGUGAGCUAAUGCCAUAUUUUUUAUUACAAUGACUGUUAUGAAUGUUCCGAGUUAUGAAUGAGGUGUUUUGCUUUUGUUUUUGUUUUUUCAAGAGAGACAGAUUCAGAUCUAGCGAAGAUUGUUAGCGUUAUAGCUGUAACGCAUAAAAAGUCCGAGGCAGGAACUGGAAGAAGAAAUGUGAGAGUCUUACUGGUCUUCAUACUGGGAUUCAUGGGCAGAGGAGAUGGACUGUCCCGCCGCCUCGGAUCAAAACAGUUCAUAGUAACUGGAUUAUUCGCUCUGGGCUACUGUUCAGUUUUCUGCCGUCUCGGUGACAAUAUUUUGUGAAUGUAUUUAUUGCUAAAAUCAAAGCGCUCGUCAAUUUUCUUUGAGAACGGUUUGAAGCCGUCUGUGGCUUUAAUCUGUGUGUAUUACUAUUAGGAGUCAUUUAGGGUCAGAACACAGAUGUUAUAGGGCAAGAAAACUACAAUCACCCUCAUGAGUGUCUGUAUGUAAACUGAUGUGAUCUCAACCCACUGAAUAAAACGGAGAGGAAUGAUAACAACGCCGCGUCUGAGAGACGCGUUUGAUCAGAAACAGUGUUGAGUCACACGCUUGCAAGCAAAUGUCUAUUUUAAAGGUGUUUCUGGUAUUGUGACCACUCUUUAAAUGUGAAUGACCUCACAUGAACAGAUAUAAAUUCAACCCUAAAGUGAUUGUUAAAUCUGAGAUUGUGCCAUUUGAAGGUUGUUUAUAGGUCCAGGAAAAAAAAGUGGCAGGAAUAUGAAUGAAUAAUUCAUUUUGUUUGCCUGGUGUUAGCAGCGUCUUCUGUGUUGCAUAUUACACCUCUCUCUCUCUCUUUCCCAACGCCUCCCAUCUCUAUUUUUAAAUAAAAAACUGAAAUGCU